AUGUCGUUGCUGCGGCCGUUCCGAGCGACAGACUUGUUCAAGUUCAACAACGUCAACCUGGACCACUGGACGGAGACGUACUCGCUGUCGUUCUAUCUCUCCUAUCUCGCGCAGUGGCCGGACCUGUCGUUUAUCCAGACGGCACCUUCAUCCGCGCGGACGAUGGGGUACGUGAUUGGGAAAGCGGAAGGCCGUGAUCCACCCACAUCUUCCACCUCUUCGCGCAAGAAGGCAGAGCUGCCGACGCUGCACGGCCACGUGACGGCCAUCACGGUGGCUCCCGAAUACCGCCGCCUGGGUCUGGCAAACGGCCUGAUGCAGCUACUGGAAGACGUGUCGAGCAGAGUGUACAACGCAUGGUUCGUUGACCUCUUUGUUCGCCCCAGCAACACGACGGCGGUGCGCAUGUACGAAAAGAUGGACUACCACGUCUACAGAACCGUCACCGAGUACUACUACGGCGGUGGCGGCAAGGGUUCGAAGGACGAAGACGGGUUCGACAUGAGGAAAGCUCUGCCGCGAGACACGGAGGAGAGGACGAUUCGCAGAGACGGGCGCAAGUACGCUGUUGAUCCUCAGUAA